GCCCGCUUCACGACUUCGAAUAGGAGAAGAGUGUGGGCUGUGACGGCAAGACAGCUGGAUCUUCACAGGAGCAUUGGCGUCAAGGACUUGCUGCUAUAGUCUGCGGUGAAUCCUAGAGUGUAUAUCGUCCGGGUGAUUGCCUGUAAUGCGGGACACAUGCCAUGCAAUUGGUCAACGACGGCCAAUAUCCUGUCGCAGAGAUUUUUCUCCAGCCAGUUCUCGCCCAACACUACACGUAGACUCAAAUUUCGGCCUAUACGCUCGCCGGCAUCGACAUCGCAAUGGCGUUCACUUGUGACCAUAGCACCUCGCCCAGACCAGCGCCAUGACUCUUACUUCGCCUCUCAUCACAUCCGGUCCCUGGAACCCUCUUUAAGUCACUCUCAUUCCGGACCUCGGCAUGGCCCUGCCGCAUACUCCUCUGCCAGCCACUCUUCCACUAAAGCCGCCUUGAUUCCUGAAGAUCCACCACCUAUCAACAUCGCUGACCUCUCUUCUCAUUGGUCUUCCCCCGCCCUCUCUCGCGCUGGCGCACAAGCCGUCCGCAUGUCCCUCGCCAACAACUCCAUUUUUGACGCAUACCACCUUUGGAAUUCCUUGCGCUGGUCAGUUCACAAUUACGACACUACUCCUGGUCCCAAAGUCAAGUUCGUAGCCCCCACACGUUGUUUCGAGCCUAUUGAUUUUGGCAAGGCCGUCUCUCCUCGCCUCGCAGCUCACGCUCUGGUUCACUUCCACCUCCGAAGAAAGGACCCGAGGAAUGCAGCGAAGGUGGUCAACCAGAUGUUACUGGAUGGGACCGAAUGCAGUGUGAAGACGUUCGAGGCUGUGUUACUCAUGCUGCAUCCAACGAAUUCGGGCGGCGACCGUUCAGUAUUCAACAAGCUCACGAACCACGAGUUGAUUGCCCCGCUGGCAGGCAAAGAGACCAUGAAUCUCAAGAACGUCUUGCCUGAAGAUCCGCUUACUCGAGUCGCCGUUCGUCUACUUCGAGAGGCUCGCAAGCAUCGAUGGCAGCGUACGCAAAUGAUGUACGAUGUCGUUAUUAGCGCCUGCAUCAUCCAAGGCGAAGUCAUCGCGGCUACUCUUCUACUAGGGUUCCUCAUCUACGAUUACCAACUACGCAAGACCUGUGUCCAUAUUGCCGAACAAAGAGUCAGUGCAGCAGAAGUCGAAGGUGUUCUCGCCAAGAAUCUGGACGGUUCGACAACGAUCCCUCGUCGCAAAUCCCGCCACGGUUCUCCACCGCUGCUACCCAUGAUCGGUCCCUCACGAUCCCUCCAAAAUAUCGUCGACCUUAUAGCCGACCCCAUCGCACACGGCCCUGACCAUCCUCUCUUCGCAGACUGCAGCCAGAGCCUUGCCAACGUCGCUGGUUUACUGGAUACCCAACAGCUGCCGACGACCCACAUUGCUCAGCUCAUCACUCUGCUGUCUUCGUACCCGGAGAGCGACCAGAAGGUGUGGGUGAAGAUGAGGAGUGGGCGGCAGGCCUCGUAUAAUGCGUAUCAGUAUUUUCAUGCGGUGCUUGUCAGGCUCAUACGAUCUUUACCUGUGUCGGAACCCCCGCCUCUGCAGCCUUCGAAGACAUACCCAACGCCACUACUAUCCCCUUCGCCUUCUGCGAUCACCACGACAGCCUCUUCGUUCUCCAGAACGUCGAUGACUUCUGAUCCUUUGCCUCGAAGUUCUCUACCUCCAUUGACCCUUUUCCCCUACAACACACUACUACGCUACGCCCUCCAACAUCGGUUUAAUUGGAAUCUCGCACACGUCAUAUUGAAGAAUAUGAUGGAGGAUAGGCAACCGCCGUUGGAACCUGAUGUCACGACGUUCACCAUACUGCUGAGGGCGUGCACGUUGCAGAGGAAGAACGAUGUGGCGCAUGCGAUCUUGACGAUGUUCAGGUUCCCGUCGUAUGGGGCCGAGGAUGAAGACCGGAUUGCGCCGAAGGAGGGUGAAGAGAUGGACCAAGGAGAUUCUCAUGAAGGUGUUAGCCGACCUGUGGCGGAGCCUGACGUCGUAGACGUCUCUUUGGAAGGCUCUUCAGGCGACAUUGUGGUCCAGCCAGUUGAAUCUCAACCCUCAUCAUUCUCGUCGCCAUCUCCAGAAGUGGAGGAGGACCGGAAGAAGGACCCAUACUCUCAGAACCCAUACAAUCCCACCUCCCGAGCUAUAGUCCGCCUCAUCUACAAGAUCAAAUCUCAGACUCCGCAGAUCCCGACACCCUCUGCCGACGUGCACGUCGACACUUCCUUCCUCUGCGCAUUCAUCUCCCACCUCGUCUCCACUGGCCGUCCAGACGCCGUUUCUUCCGUCAUCUUUCUCAUCCUCCCCGAGCUCGGAGCUAUCGAACACCCCUCCUGGGACACGCUCUCCCUCAGCGCUCGCCGCGAACUGCGCGAACAAAACCGCGUACAAUGCGUCAAACGGGCGUCCCAUAUGGGUCCUUAUUUCUUCAGCACGGUGUUGAAUGCCCUUGCGAAGACGGGGAAGACGGGGCUAGCAGAGAGGGUGUGGUUGCUUGCGAAGAAUGCGGAGGCGGCGAGUUGGUUGGAAGAUGCGGAAGUGAGACCGUGGUGUCUUUCGGUACACGCGUAUACUUCCAUGAUGGAGUGUUAUGCGAACGAGGCGAGGAAAGGGCUGGAUCUCAAAACGUUAAGUCCGAGACGACGGGUGGCGCUGAGAUCGUUCAUGCCGGAGCUAGAGUGGGAGACGGGUGGGAAGGCAAGGAAGAAGCGGGUUGUAGGGUGGGCGCAUUAUGUCCAGACGCUCAGGGUGCUGGGAGGGAGUAAGAAGAGUGCGAUGAAAAUCGGGCUAAGGAACGUCACAGGGAAGAAGUUAGGGAGGAUGCUUUACAAGUCUAUGCGCCUUGGUGCUGCCUCCAUCUAUGAAUCGCUCAAGUGGGUUCAGCACCGACAUCGAGACCAGCUUCUGGCUCCAGGCCAAUCCCAAUCCCAGGACUGGUCUCAGACUUCGGACAAGCCUCUGGACCUGGACCAAGACAAGGAGCGGAACCAGGAAGACGAAUUACAAAAUUGGCCUCGGUACAACCUCAGACAGCCCAUCCGACGACACCUGCAGAUCCCAGAACCAGAUGAACGAUUCUUCAAUGCCGUCCUGUCCAUGUACGCACAACGACCAAAUGCACCACAACACAACGCCCGUACUUCUCGAGCACGCUGGAGACGCAAGUUGCGCAGAGCUCGUAGCCAGUAUGCGGAGGGAUACAGGCGGCCGAAGCGGUUAUAUGUUUUGGAGAGCGUCUUGAAGGAUAUGUUGGCUUGCGGGUUUGAGGUGCCAGUGGCGUUCCAUAUACCGUUGAUGGGUGGGGCUGUGGAUCUUAACGCGGUGAAUAAGGUGAGGAGGAAGGCGAUGGUGCGGCCAUAUGCGUUCCCGCCGGUGGGGAGAAGGCAGAGGCUCAGGCCGAGGAAGAUCCCUACGGUGAAGACUAGAGGAUUGCCGAUUGGUUCUACGCGUGCGAGGCGGAGGGAGGUGGACUAGUAUCGAGGACCGUGGCUUCUGAGUAGAUAUUAUAAAGCGCUCUGUCUAUAACAUUAUAUUAUGUAGCUUUAGUAGAUGCUCUGUGCACUCUGGUACCAACCAAAUAGGACAUCCAUCCAUACAGUGGUUACUGCCAUCGAACUGCUACUUCUCUGGGGGGAUAGCUACUGCAUUGGCUGCAACAGCCGCCGCUGAAUGGAAAGGAGACUUGGCAGGCAAAGGUCUCGUCUUCUCCUGCAAAUGCACCACUGUCAUUCUCCUCGUCAACUCUCUCGGUCUCCAUUCCCUCGCCACGUCUGUCACCAUCUCCACCAUCUCCCUCACCUUCUUCCCCAUCUCCUCCGGGCUCACCGUCACCUGCUGUCCCUGCUUCGUCGCCACCACGAGCUCGACUCUUAAUCCCUUCGCGAUCUCCUCUCGCACUUUCUUUAUCUUAUGUGCGACAUCCCCCGGCGCAGCGUUCCACGUCAACUGCACUUCCUUCCCCUCGUUAUGUUUCUUCGAUAGUCGUAGUCGUUUUUUGAGGUGGCGCUCUCGUUCGGAGAGGUCGUGUUUAUUGACGAGUUUGACUAUGGCGAAAGCUUCCGUAUCGUUCCCUGACUCUGGGUUAUAUCGAGGCUCCUCGACGAGUUCCAGGAAAUUGCGACCAUCGGCAAUGAUAGAGUCGAGGAGGGGUUGUAAUGGUUGUGGUUCGCCGAGCUUCUUGGUCUCGGGGUCUACGAGGCGAACCACCUGGUAGGGGAUUUUGCCAUCACGAAAAUGUUCGGUACCCUGUCUG